AUAUUGUGUUUUUUAGGAAACAUAAUGCUACGAAAUACUAUAUCUUCCGUUUGAUUUGCUGAUCUUCUGGGAUUGGUUCGAUGUAACUAUCGGACUUCUGGACACAAUCGUUUUCCCAGUUCAUUUGCUCCAGCGGGUGGAGAUAGAAGCCCGCUUCCAUUUACAAUACUGUGGCAGUCUCGCUAUUCCCCCUUGUUAUGGACGUCGAUCUCUACGCGUUCUUUGGUCUUAAGGAGGACUGUUCAGCAAAAGAUCUUAAACGCGCAUACAAAACGAAAGCUCGCGAAUUGCACCCCGACAAAAAUGCAAACAACCCGAAAGCAAGUAAGUUCGUAUUUUUCUAAUUUUACAUCUCUCCCAGAGGAGGAAUUUCAGCAGCUUAAAGAUUAUUAUGAUCUGCUGCAUGAUCCUGUGACCAGAGACGCAAACAUUGUGAUCGAACUGACUGCCCCCCGCCAUCUUCUAGAUUUCGGACUGUGCACCUCUGGUGAUGCAGAGGCCGCUGCGGCUGGAUAUGCUGGGAAAGAAUACGAUAAAAAGUGGAAAGCCAAACGGGAGGCUCUGAAGCGUUACGAGGCGCUGGAUGAACAACGAAAACAGAUGAGACAAAAGCUGGAGGCACAGGAGGCUAAGGCAAAACUCGAACGGGAAAAGCAGAAACGAGAAUCAGCACAGAAUGCUGUCGCGGAACAGUUGCGUCGUGAGUGGCAACGACAAACAGAACAGAUAGAAAUGAAUGCUCAGGUGGCACGAAAAAGACACCGUGAAGAGCAAGAAAUGUUGGCCGAACAGUCCAAAGCUGCUCGCAUGGGCAGUGAUACUGUCGUAAAAGUGAAAUGGACGGUUGCGGAUAAUCCAGAAGCCGCUGCGUGUUACACGAAGGACUUUCUAACCACGUGUUUGUCGGAAUUUGGCGAAGUGACUGCGGUUAUGCUUGGAAAGCGUGGGACAGCCCUAGUCGACUUCCAUACCCCUUCAGCGGCGCGCGAGGCUGUCGAGUGUUCAGAACGAAGCACCGUUGGAUUGCCACAACUUCCUCUGCACAUUUCCUUCGUGAGUCAGCCGUCUUCAGAAGCAGAUACCGCCCCGUUGUUCGGGUCUGGUUAUGCCGAAACCGCGAAGCAAACCUCAGAUCGGCAUACGAUGUGCGCGGAGCCUUCCGUGGAGACCUCUAAAAACGCUGAACCGUUUCGGACACCAACCUAUUGGACACCACAGAAGGAGAAGCUGAGCAUCAUUAAACUGAUAAUCGAAGAGUCGACUUGCCUGGAUUUUGUACACACGGAUAGUUCCCUCAGAGUCUCCGACAGCAAUAUACCGCUGAAGCACACAACAACUGGUGAUCUUCUGGGUUUGCAAGGUCAACACUCCAACUCCAGUCUGGAAAUGGAAGCCAAAGACGAAAUUAGUGAACAAAUUGAACCUCAGGCAUCUCCUCUGUUACCCCCCAAAUCAUUGGUGAACGAAACUGCGGCAGCUACAACCACUGUACGACGAGUACGCGGUUAUUACAGCUAA